AUGUAUAGUCCACGAAACGGGGUCGAGCGUCCAAAGCUAAUAACUUCCAGGUUCGAAAAAUUCCCUUCCUUCGAGCAAUUCGACCCGACUCGCCGCAGAGUCAGACAUCCGCGGUCUGGUCGAGUUCGCCUGCUCAACAUGUUCUCGGCCUUCCUCCGUCGAGCGACGGCCAUCAAGGAAAAGAUCCCGAUCUUGAACGAACUGCACCUCAACUUCAUCUUCCUCCAUUACGCCUAUAUUAUCUCCUGGGCCAUCCUCGGCUCCAUCAUCCUCUACCCCAGUGGCAACAUCCGCUACAUCGAUGCCCUCUUCCAAGCGGCCGGCGCCGCCACCCAGAGCGGACUCAACACCGUCGAUCUCAACGGACUCCGACUCUACCAACAAAUCUUCCUCUACCUGAUCACCUGCCUCUGUACCCCGAUCUUCAUCCACAGCGCCCUGGUCUUCAUCCGACUCUACUGGUUCGAGAAGCGCUUCCAGCACGUGGUCCGCGACGCUCGGGCGAUGCGACGCACCCGCUCGCGCAUGGACACAGUCACCGAGGACCGACAAAGCGAAGAUGUCAAUCGAGCCGAGCUGGGCGUGAGCGGGCGGCCGAUCGUGGUAAUCCGGGAUGGGGAGGGGGAUGCGCGGGACGGCCGCCUGACGGAUCCGGCCAGCAAAACCGUCGAUUCCGGAAUCAACACCCCAGCGCGAACCGCCAGUGAAGCGUCCAGCGACGAGGACACAGACACCAGCAAUGAGCCACGCUUCGGUCUGGGCAGUUUAAAAGUGCCGACGCACCUCAAUCCCGAGCACCAUAUCGCAUUCCUGGAAAAGCAGCGGAAGGAUAAGGGCGCGCUGCGCAUUCCCAGUCCGAGGGAAUACGAUCGGGGCGGUGCGCCCGAGGCGCUGGAGGAAGAUGUCGAUGCGGAGCAGGCUCAGCCCGCUGAUGAGCAGGAUGACGUCGCUGAUCACCCUGAAGGCCAGGACCAGCUUGGUCCCCUUGAGGGACCGCAUAUUACUAUUAACGAGCCGGACAUUCCUAGAACUCGGCCGCGCGGGAAUACAUUCCCGCGCUUGGAUACUCGGCCCACUUUCCGGGAGACUAAGGAUGGGAACGAAACCACGACGCUGGCACCGACUACGACUAAGAAUACUUUCAAGGGGAUCUUCCGAUCUCUGACGCAGGAGCGGGAUCUCAACACCGCUCCGUACCUCAGCUGGAAUGCGACGGUGACUCGAAACUCCAAUUUCGUGGAUUUGACCGAGGAGCAGCGCGACGAACUCGGUGGUAUUGAAUACCGCGCGCUGAAGACUCUGGCUGUUGUUCUGAUUACCUACUAUGUCGGAUUCCAUCUCAUCGGGUUGCUGAGCAUGAUCGGCUGGAUCAUGACAGAGAACAAAUGGGGCGAUGUUGUCCGCGACGCUGGAGUUGGCCGACCGUGGUGGGGAAUCUUCACUGCGGCUUCUGCGUUCAAUGAUCUGGGCUUUACCUUGACUCCCGAUUCGAUGUAUUCUUUCCAAACGGCUAUCUUCCCGCUGUUGAUGCUUUCCUUCUUGAUUAUCAUCGGUAACACCGCGUUCCCGUGUAUGCUUCGUCUCAUGAUCUGGGUCCUUUCGAAAUUCACUCGCCAGGGAUCUGCGCUUUGGGAGGAACUCAAAUUCUUAUUGGACCACCCUCGCCGAUGCUUUACUCUGCUGUUCCCCCGAAAUGCUACCUGGUGGCUAUUUGCUAUUCUGGUGGCCCUGAACGGCAUUGAUUUGAUCUUCUUCGUGAUCUUGGAUCUCAAAGAUUCUGCCGUCACCUCGCUAUCACCGGGUAUUCGAGUUGUCGAUGGUUUCUUCCAAGCCGCGGCGACACGAACAGCCGGUUUCGGAAUCAUCAGUCUAUCAGAGCUACACCCAGCAAUCCAGGUCUCCUACCUGAUCAUGAUGUAUAUUUCCGUCUUCCCCAUCGCCAUUUCCAUGCGUCGAACCAACGUGUACGAAGAGAAGAGUUUGGGAAUCUACGAUGCUGCGGAUGAAGAUCACGACGAGGAAACCAACGCCCCUACCUACAUCGGAGCUCACUUGCGACGCCAGCUGAGUUUCGAUUUAUGGUACGUGUUCUUGGGUCUCUUCAUCAUCGCCAUUUCAGAGGGAGGUCGACUGCAGGAGGAUACGGAUUACUCCUUCCAGCUCUUCACCGUCUUAUUCGAGGUCGUGUCCGCCUACGGAACUGUCGGUCUAUCCUUUGGCUACACGGGCGUCAACACUUCAUUCUCGGGACAAUUCAACGUCGUCUCCAAGCUCGUCAUCAUCGCCAUGCAACUCCGUGGUCGUCACCGUGGUCUUCCAUACGCUCUGGACAGAGCUGUUCUCCUCCCCUCUGACGCACUCAACCGACACGAACACGAGGAAGGCGAGCGUCGCAUGCGUCGCCGAGCCUCGAAUCUCAGUGGUGGUGGAUCCCUCGGGCAGUCGAGAUCGAUUGGCCCAUCUCAAUCCCGGACCCUCUCUCAAGCAAGACACGAUGCUGGCCUUUCUUCGGGUCUGGAGACCCAUGAUUGGGGUGCCAAUCCUGCUCCUAGUGCGCCUUCUCUUGUUCAGCGUUCUGGAACUGUGCGGUCAAAUCGGUAG